AUGAAAACAAUUUCAAAUUUAAUUCCAAUGCUUUUACAAAUGACUGAUAUUCAAAAUGAUGAAAUACAAUUAAAUGUUUAUAGAUGUUUAGGAAAAAUUAUGAUAGAAACAGAUAUUAAAACAAUGGCAAAUCCUCAAAAAGUUGCUUCCAUGUAUAUUGAUUAUAUUAAUAAUACGAUGAAUGAUUUUAAUAAAACAGAACGAUUUAUUAGUUUAUUACAAAGUUUAGUAAAUUUUGUGCAACAUGAUCAAGUUAAAAUUCAAUUAAUUAAACAAAGUGCACUUCCUUUAUUAAUAAAAUGUGUUAUUGAAAUUCGAUUUGAUUCAAUAAAUGUUCAACAAAUAGCUUUAGAAAUUCUUGCUCUUGCACUCAAUAAUAAUGCUUUAGAAACUUUAAAACAAAAUCAAAUUGUUAUAAAUCAUAUUCAAAUCUUAAGUAAUAAUUCAAAUUCCACAAUUAUAAGUUUACCAAGAGCAGCUGAAACACUUCUUUGGAAAUUAGAAAAAGAAGAAAAAUCUAUUAAUAAAUCAAUUAUUUCUAAUAAAUAUAAAUAA